AUGGAGCUAUCCUGGCUACUCCGCACAGAUUGUCAGAAACAAAAGAUAGAACAAGUUUUCAGUAAAACUUCUCUGGAAACUGGCAAAAGAUCCAAGAAACAUGACUGUGCAUUUAUUUCUGUCCUAAUCCAAAACCCCCAGGGUUCAGGCCCUUCUGAAAACAGAAGGAGGUACUGAGUACCAACAAGCCCUGCCUCAAAUAAAUUAUUACACGGUAAGACCUGAAGCACAGUGAUCCACAGAAGAAUGGGGAAUCCUGGCCCUCUGGAUAUUCUCAUCAACCAGCAUAGUCAAUGGUCAGAAAUGAUGGGAGUUGUUGUCCAACGACUUCUGGAGAGCCAAAGUUUCCCCACCCUGAGUCACUAGAGCCUCAAGACUCAAGCUUGACCAUCAAAACAUUGUAAAUACGAUAUCCCCCAGCUCUCAUCGACUCCUGCAAAUAAUCAUUUCCCACCAUUAUGUUGGCUCUGUAGGAAAAGUGCAACAGCAGGUCCCCAGUUCAAUCUGUGGACACUGCAGCUGGAGGGCUGAUUCAAUAUGAAAUUGUAUGAAAUGACAGGUGUGACCAGAAAGCGUAGAGCAGGGGGAAGAGAACUUGCAGCUCUCCAAAUGUUGGUGGUUAUAACUCCCACCACUCCUAAAUGGCCUUGGUCCAGUAUACCUGAAGGAGCGUCUCCACCUCCAUCGUUCUGCCACAUUGCCUCGGUGCUGGACACUGAGGUCCAGCGCCAAGGGCCUUCUGGCGGUUCCCUCGCUGCAAGAAGCCAAGUUACUGGGAACCAGGCAGAGGGCCUUCUCGGUAGUGGCACCCGCCCUGUGGAACACCCUCCCACCAGAUGUCAAAGAGAAAAAUAACUACCAAACUUUUAGAAGACAUCUAAAGGCAGCCCUGUUUAGGGAAGCUUUUAAUGUUUAAUAGGUUAUUGUAUUUUAGUGUUUUGUUGGAAGCCACCCAGAGUGGCCGGGGGGACCCAGCCAGAUGGGCGGGGUAUAAAUACAUUAUCAUCAUCAUCAUCCUGGCCAUCACCUAUGCUGGCUGAGGCUGAUGGGAGCUGGAGUCCAAGGAUACCUGCAGCCACAGGUUUCCUCAACUCCGAAGCGUAGGAUAGUAGACAAAAACUCCCCGCUUUCGGGAGCCCUGCUUGCUAACAGAUCAUGACAUCUGCCACACGGCACGCCCUAAAAGGAAGGGCUUUCUGCAACCCAGCGAAGGAGAUGGCGAAGCGCGACGCCGUAGAAAGAGAGGGCGGAGCUUUGAAGGCGCGGCACCGGCUCGUUUAUUAAGCCAGCCGAGGACGCUCUAGCUCGUAUGUCUUUAAAUACUCUAUGGUAACGCGGAAGUGAGUAAAAGAUUCGGGAGCUUGUCUUGCGUCUAUGGUCGGGACGCUGUGUAAGAAACCGGCCGUCGGCAUUCCAGGUAAGGGAGUGUGUGUGUGUGCGCGCGGGUGGGGGGGGGGUUGUCUGGUACGAGAGGCUGCGUGGGUGUUGCUAUGGUUACUGCCUUCCUUCCAGGCAGCCGCUCCCCUGUAUCAUGUGCCCGCUGCUUGCUUUUUCCUGCCCCAUAGGUUAGUCUCUGGGGUUUGGAGACCAGCUUGGGGUAGGUCAUCUCUCCCCUCUCCCCCCCCCCCGCCGCCUCUCCUCUCUCCGGUGGGCUUCCGAGAAGGCCCCUAUGACUGUCUGAGGCGGGGCGGCGUCGUGUAGAUAAGGGCUGCCUCUUUCUGAAAUAAGGGUAAUUCCUGUCACUGUCACGUGCCUGUGUGCGAGCACAGUAGCUGCUGACUUUGCAAGGGUCUUUGGUGUCCGCACUAGGUUGGCCCAAGAACUUGUGGCUCUAAAAAAUCACAGCCCUGGGAAGUUAGUGUAAAAAUCUCUAUGCCCAGUGGGCUCAAACACUUUUUUGAGCAGGAAUUCUGGUUGGGUGGUGAACUAGCUAGUUAUUUACCGCACCUUGUUUUGAGAUACUUGUAACUGUGAUAUGGGCUCUUGGGUCCCAAGUGAUGAUUCUCAUCUUUUUGUUUGCAGAUGGCUCCUGGCACACCAAAGGAAAUAAUGCUCCAGAGCUUAGCCCAUUUACUGCAAGAGUCUGGUGAGGUUCUGGUGGUUUGAAGCACCUCCACAUUAAAGUGUGCUCUUUGCUUUGUUCUAGGUGGUAAUAUAAUGGCCAUACAUUGGGGUCACAUCUACACCAUAAAGCACAUGACUUUCCUGCAAAGAAUCCUUGGAACUGUAGUUUACACCUCACAGGGCUAGAAUUUCCAGCUAUGGUUCCCAGGAUUCUUUGGAGAAAGCCAUAUGGUUUAAAUUUAUGGUGUAGGUGUGACUUUGGCUUUGGGGCCAGAGUUGGUGGUAAUGACUGAAUAUAGGAACUACAUGGAAUGAACUGCAGUAGACAUUAUCUUUUUUAAGGAGUAAAAAACAAUAUGCCACAGUUUUAUUAACAGAAAUUAUUCAGUAAUGCCUUAGAGCCAUUUCACAUCUUGUUUGUCUGCAUCAAUUUACCCACAGCGCAUGCUUAUAGUGGGUAAUGCAGCUAAUCCAACUUCCUGUUGCAUAUAUCAGGUUAAAUGGGGGGCAUUCAUUGGCAUGUGCUAAUAUCUUUAACAUACGCAGUAAAGCACCAUGUUAAUAUCUUAAACAUGUGUGCAUAAAACACAGCAUGCGUAUGCAGUGAAAAUGUAACAUGCAAAAUGGUGAUUGAUGUUGCCACUUUUAUUUGGAUAAAUGCUGGAUGUUCUUCAACCUGUAUUCACUGAGGGAAGUUCUUCAGAGAAAUCAUGCUUCCAUUCUUGUGGUUGGUUAUAAGGUUAUUACUCUAGUAGGGCAGGGUUCCAGCCUGUCCUAAGACUCUUGUCCAAGUAAAGGAAGACGGUUGUAAUUCCAAUCUAGGAACCAACUCUUUAUUGAUGUCCUUCCUUUUUAUUGUAAACUGUAUUUGGAAAUUUGCAAGUCAUUGGGGUGUGGGUGGAGUAGCCUAGGAGAGUAGUCUAGGAAGCCCUUCAUAUUGUUCCACUGAACCGGAAUUUUCUGUCUGUGUGAGAGGUAGUGAUGGUUCAGGAAAGUCAAGAAUGUCCAGUACUUAAAGAUUAUGCGAUGAGCACAGAACUAAGACUGCUGCAUCAGAAAUAACUAUACUGUAACGUGUAGUACUUCAUUCACAUUCAGUAGGUGUAACAAGACUGUGGAGUUAUGGUGGCAGACGUACAAUAAGGGGGCUGGAGCAAAUUGCCUAUGAGGAAAGGUUAUAACAUUUGGGGCUUUUUAGUUUGGAAAAAAAAGGCAAGUUGGGGAGGACACAAUAGAGAUGUACAAAAUUAUGCUUGGUGUAGACAGAGACAUUUGCCUCUCUUGUAAUACUGGAACUCGGGGUCAUCCAGGUAAACUGAACAGUGGAAGACUCAGGGCUGCAUCAACAAGGUAUUGCUUCACAUGGUUAAACUACAGAAUUUGCUGCCACAUACAGGCAGACCUCUAAAUUCCAGUCAUUGUAGUCUUCCUGUAGGUGUCUCAUUGACCACUAUAGAAAAUAGGACUCUGGAUUACAUCGGCCUUUGGUCUGAUUCAGCAGGGCUCUUAUGUUCUUAUGAACCUUUCUUUGUGUGGUUUGUGGUGGUAGGGAGUACAUAUGGAUUUAUUAUGGAUUUAUUAAUGCUAAUUAUUCUUUUUCUUCAGGAGACUUGAUUCUGGAUGGUACUAGCACCUUGACCUUAUUCACCUCCACACUGCAGAUUCUCACUCAGAUCUUUGAGCAGCACCUAUUGCCACGAAACCAGAACCAUGGCUUCAUUGCACUCUCAUCACACCCUGCUGAAACAUCUGCCAUCCUUCAAGCCCAGUUUCUCUUUGAUGUCUUGCAAAAGACACUCUCUCUGAAGGUACGUGCCAAAGUAGGAGUCUGUGAGCAGCGGGUCUAUGCUUCUUGCCUUAUCUUGCAGUGAGGAUACUGGUGUUGAUGUAGCUAUAUUUCUCACUUUUUUAUACAGAUGAUAGUUUAGAAAAUUAUUUUAGUUGUAUUUUAUUUCAUCAGUCACAUUGGGAGGACUUACUCUGAAAGGUAGCAGAAAAGUAUUAGAAAUAAAAAUAAAUUAAUUAAAUAUGAUUAUAAGGCAUUAUUUUUUUAAAUGCACUGUCCUUGGCCUGAGUUGGACCAUUGGUCCAUGUAGCCGAGUACUGACUGGCACCAGCUCCCCAAGAGCUCCAGAAAGCAUGGUGUCUCAGAUGCUUUUAAGUGGAGAUGCCCAGGAUCACACCUGCACCUUAGUACAGUGGUAUCUCGGGUUACAGACGCUUCAAGUUACAGACACUUCAGGUUACAGACUCUGCUAACCCAGAAAUAGUACCUCAGCUUAAGAACUUUGCUUCAGGAUGAGAACAGAAAUCAUGCGAUGGCGGCACGGCAGCAGCGGGAGGCCCCAUUAGCUAAAGUGGUACCUCAGGUUAAGAACAGUUUCAGGUUAAGAACGGACCUCCGGGACGAAUUAAGUUCUUAACCUGAGGUACCAGUGUACAUGCAACACAUUAGUUUGACUGCUGACCUAUGGCCCCUCCCUACUACUCUGCUGAACCCCCAAUGCUGUUAAUGUUUUACAUGAUUCCUUGGUCAGAGUCUGUCUUAAUUGGGAAACUUGCUUUUUCUCAAUCGAUGCCAAACCCAGUUGAGUUAUGGCUUAGUUCCUUACUAAAUUGGCAUUCUUUUUUUUUAUAUAUAUAAGAUAUUUAUUAGGAUUUUCAAAAUAUUACCAAAUAGAAAAAGAAAAAAGAAAAGUACAAAAUAAAAAUAGUUAAAAACAAUUCAGUCUUUCAAUCACUUAUCUUUCAUUUGCUUGUUUCCCAGACCUCCUCGCGCCUCCCUUUUCUGUAUUCCACUUCAAUUGUUAGUUUAGCAAAUCCCUCCCCUCUUUGUUUAUCCUAGUCUUCGAUCUUAAGAUAUUGUAACAUUAAAUUUUUACCUAUUAAUAGUCCAUUUUUUCAUAUUCCCUUAUAAUAUUACAGCUAAAAACCACUUAGUUUCUAUCCAACAUCAUUCUAACAUUCAUCAAUUUUACAAUAUUUCUGUAAAUAGUCUUUGAACUUUUUGCAAUCUUCUUCCACCGACUCUUCUCCCUGGUCUCGGAUUCUGCCAGUCAUUUCCGCCAAUUCCAUAUAGUCCAUCACCUUCAUCUGCCAUUCUUCCAGAGUGGGUAGGUCUUGUGUCUUCCAAUACUUUGCAAUAAGUAUUCUUGCUGCUGUUGUGACAUACAUAAAGAAAGUUCUAUCCUUCUUUAGCACCAAUUGGCCGACUAUGCCCAACAGAAAGGCCUCUGGUUUCUUUAGAAAGGUAUAUUUAAAUACCUUUUUCAAUUCAUUAUAGAUCAUCUCCCAGAAAGCCUUAAUCUUUGGGCACGUCCACCAAAGGUGAAAGAAUGUACCUUCGUUUUCUUUACAUUUCCAACAUUUAUUAUCGGGCAAAUGGUAGAUUUUUGCAAGCUUGACUGGUGUCAUGUACCACCUGUAUAUCAUUUUCAUAAUAUUUUCUCUUAGGGCAUUGCAUGCCGUAAAUUUCAUACCUGUAGUCCACAACUGUUCCCAGUCAGCAAACAUAAUAUUAUGUCCAACAUCUUGUGCCCAUUUAAUCAUAGCAGAUUUCACCGUUUCAUCCUGAGUAUUCCAUUUCAACAGCAAGUUAUACAUCUUUGACAAAAUCUUAGUUUUGGGUUCUAACAGUUCUGUUUCUAGUUUUGAUUUUUCCACCUGGAAGCCAAUUUUCUUAUCCAAAUUAUAUGCCUCCAUUAUCUGAUAAUAAUGAAGCCAGUCUCGCACUUUAUCUUUUAAUUUCUCAAAACUCUGCAAUUUCAGUUUGUCUCCUUCUUGUUCCAAAAUUUCCCAAUAUUUCGGCCAUUUGGCCUCCAUAUUGAGCCUUUUCUGAGCCUUUGCUUCCAUUGGUGACAACCACCUUGGGGUUUUAUUUUCAAGUAAGUCCUUAUACCUUAUCCAGACAUUUAACAAUGCUUUCCUAACAAUAUGGUUUUUAAAUGCUUUAUGUGCUUUAACCUUGUCAUACCACAAAUAUGCAUGCCACCCAAAAACAUUAUUGAAACCUUCUAAAUCCAAAAUGUCUGUGUUCUCAAGAAGCAGCCAUUCUUUCAACCAGCAGAAUGCUGCUGAUUCAUAAUAAAGUUUGAGGUCUGGCAGGGCAAAUCCACCUCUGUCCUUUGCAUCAGUUAAUAUUUUAAAUUUUAUUCUGGGCUUCUUGCCCUGCCAGACAAAUCUAGAAAUAUCUCUCUGCCACUUCUUGAAACAGUCCAUUUUAUCCAAAAUUUGCAAUGAUUGAAACAAAAAUAACAUUCUUGGCAAUACAUUCAUCUUUAUAACAGCAAUUCGACCUAACAAGGAAAGCUUCAAGUUUGACCAUAUCUCUAGAUCCUUUUUUACUUCUGACCAACAUUUCUCAUAAUUGUCUUUAAAUAGGUUUAAGUUCUUGGCGGUCAUAUUAACCCCCAGGUAUUUUACUUUCUUAACCAAUGUUAAACCUGUCUCCUUCUGAAACCUCUCUUUCUCAAUCGGUGUUAAAUUUUUCUCAAGCACCUUAGUUUUUAACUUGUUCAGCUUAAAUCCUGCCACAUGACCAAAUUCCUGAAUCAAUUCUAAUACUCUUUUUGUACUAGAUUCUGGCUCCUGUAACGUCAAUACUAAAUCAUCUGCAAAAGCUUUCAAUUUGUACUGUUUAGCUCCGACCUGUAUACCUUUAAUCAGACGGUCCUUUCUAAUCAUAUUUAGCAAAACCUCCAGGACCGAAAUGAAAAGCAAUGGGGAAAUUGGGCAGCCUUGUCGUGUCCCUAAAUUGGCAUUCUUACCUCUUUACGAAUACAGGCAGCCAUGUGAUUUGGUACAGAAGCAGCACAUACUUUCAGUAUCCUCCAGCAUUUUGUGUCUGAUGGUGUGCUUAAUAAGUUUUGCAUGAUUCAGGACAGCUCUGAUAAGAAAAAUAUUAUAUAUUGCCUCCAGAUGAGUUUGUUUAACCAACAAGAACAAAAAGUAUGGAAGAUGCUGAUAUUCCCAUUUUUUAAAAAUCACAUAAUGUCUUCAAGUGUUCUCUACUCUUUGUCUGGAGAUUAGGGUGUGGGCAACAGCAGAAUGAGCCAGGACUGACUGGCAUAAGGCUGAGGGGGUGGUGGAAGAUUGGAAAAGGAACUAGCUUCCUCUUGGCUGUAAACGUAUAUUCGUGCCGUCUGUUCAAGCAGACAAAAAACAGAUUGAGGGAGUUGGGAUGAACUGUGGUUGCUGUUCAAGAAUGCUCAGUAAUUUAGUCUUAAAAUAACUGAGGAGAUACGUAGUGGUAGAGGUAAAGCAAUAUGAAAAGUAAUCUAGCUGAUAAACUGAAGUUAAAGCGUGGAGACAGGAAGUCUUCAGCUGAUCUGCAUUACAAAUUUCAGGUCUGUUUGCAUCAAUUAUUUAAGUAGGAAUAUUUGUAUCCAUUUCCUGAACUUGCAGAUUUAUUCUGAUGGUGCAGUCUAGGAUAUUCCUGUUCCCCUCCUUUCUCCUUAUUCACAGGGGUUAGUGGCAGAGCAGAGGGAAGGGGCAAAAUCUUUGUAUACUCCUUGUUCACUGAUAGAAUAUGUGGCAUUCUGAAGGGCAAAGACUUGGAAGGAGGCAGAAAGUCUGAAAACAGUUCAACCAAACUUGGUACCACCUACAUCCCUUCAGUGUAGCGCUCUCUCUCUCUCUCUGUGUGUGUGUGUGUGUGUGUGAUAGUACUAACUUUUCUAUAUAAUCACUCAGUAUGGACACCAGUUUAUAUAUAUUUAUUUCAUUUAGUUAAUUUACAUACUGUUUCAAAUGCCCACAGAAUUUUCUAAGCAGUUUAUAAAUCCCUACAGAAAGGAAUCUAUGUAAGAAAUACAAUACAAAUUGCAUAUAUUCUUCCUCCUAAUCAUCAAUUUCACAUCGUAAGUAACAUCAAAUUAAAUCUCUCUAAAGAAUAUAUAUAAAGUAUAACAUCUAAGAAUCACAAAAAUCAAUUGUGUUCAAAACAUCAAAAUAUAUAAAUAUACAUCAAAAUGAAACAUAAUUACAAUAUAUCAUUGAAAUGUCAUGAAUAUUAUUUUAAAAGCGCAUAAUGUAAUAGUUAACAAGUGAUAUCUGCAGCAGGAAAGAAGGGCAAAGGAUGUGGUAGAGUCAGAUUUGUGUCAAUGAUAGAUGCUAAUAAGAAUCUCUUUGGUGCUGUGUAGAAUCUUCCUUCUGUGAAAUAAGAUUUGUAUCACUCAAUAACCAACUUCAUUAGUUUGUGACUUUUACCCUUCAAGGUGAGUUGUGUAUAUUGGGUUUUAUCUCUAGGGUCAUUGUUCAGGUUUCCAUUGGGUAUGUUUGCUCUGCUGGUCAUGAGGUUUUUAGCCAGAGCAGCAGUGACACACAGAUACGGAUUGAAAUGUGCUUGCCACUUUCGUUAUCUAUGCUGUAGGCCUCUGGUGUUUGCAUGAGUUAGUGCAAUAAAUUAAAUCUCUUCACCCGGAUGGAUAUUUUGUGUUGAAGUUUGGAAAAUCCGAGAUCCAGAUUAACCUUUUAAAUGAAAAGGGAUAUGAGAGUUCUUUAAAGCAUCUACAUGGAAGCUGCUGAUGCAGUCUCAUUCCCAACGGAUGCUCUGUGAGGACACAUGAAGCCUGUACAUAUUGAGCAGGGUCUUAGAUUUGUGCUUGUUGGUAGCCAACAAGAAGGGUCAAUGAUAUCUGUCAGAUACAGAAUUCCCAUUGGGGGCCGUGGGCAGUAUCCAACGAACACAUCCUGUCAGUGUCAGGAUUUCCACUUGCACAACAGGACUCUUCCCCCCUCACCACAUCUGAUCCAGAGGGUAGGGGAAAGCCUCAGAACAGAGGUAUGGGGCGCAUAUUGGGAAAAGAGAGAUCCUCUUGUGCAAGUUAAAAUCCUUGCAGUGAUGGGAGACUUACGUAGCCCUACACACUGGAGACAACCACAGAUCCAUUAUUUGUAUCUGAAGCCCUCGUGACAGCCUAUCAUCACUACAGUAUCUGAUCUGCAUGCCUUUUCCUCCUCCCUAAUCUAGUGUAAACUCUGACGUUUGUAAUUACCCAACACUGCCAGAUAACAUAUUUUGAUUAUUAUACUGUAUAGGUCCAUCCUUAUGUGUGACCCAUAGGGCCCUUUGUGUUGAGAAACUUUAAAUCAACUUAGUAUUUAAAGGUGGUUUUCUGCUUCACUUUGUUCCUUGCACAACAUGCACUGUCAUUUGUUAGACUUCAGAGUGACUUUGAACCUCUCUAGCUUCUGCCUUGUGGCUGUUGUUACUGGUUAGAUUCUCACUAUCUUUGCACAUGCUACUAUGAUGUGAUCUACUAGUGCAAUAGCCUGCUUUGUUCUAUUUUUAAUGUGGGCUUUGGUUAGCAAUCUGGGCAAAAGGCCCACAUCCUUAGCUGAUACCAAUUCUUGAAUUUCACUGUUAUAUUGGAUUAGAUGCAGUUGCAUUUGGUUUAAUAAUAGUGCUUCUACAGUGAAGGGAACAGUAGCGGGUUACUUUGUGAGGGGAUGAGGAACAGGGAGAUUGCUGUUGGUGAGACCAUGUGGGAGAAUCAGUUGUCAUUUACUCUGACCAUGCCGAUAAGUGUGUGUUUUAUUUUUUCAAUCCUUUUCCUUCAGGUUGCUCAGAGCGCAACAUAUGGUUCCUUACCCCCAUUUUAUUGUUACAUCCACUCUGGGUGAUAGUUAAGCAGAGACAUUAGAGAUCCAUGAUCAAAUCUGUUGUCUUGAUUUUUUUUCUUUUUGUACAAAGCAGCUGCUGGGAGAUACCCACCCACCUUGCUUCUGUUUGAUUCUAAUAGGCAAAUAAUGACUUUUGGAGGCAGUUUUAAUUGGGAAUUAAUUUAAAGGUACCGCUGCAACAGGAAGGUAAACAGUGUUUCCGUGCGCUCUGGUUUCCGUCACCGUGUUCCGUUGCACCAGAAGCAGUUUAGUCAUGCUGGCCACAUGACCUGGAAAGCUGUCUGUGGACAAAUGCUGGCUCCCUUGGCCUGAAAAGUGAGAUGAGCGCUGCACCCAGUAGUCGCUUUGACUGGACUUACCAUCCAGGGGUCCUUUACCUUUUACCAUACUGCGGGGUGGGGCAAUGGACUUGUAGAGGUGACUCCUGUUGCUAGUGGGUGACUCCUUUCUUCAUUAUCACUCUCCUCCUGCUUUAGCUUGUUCAUGUUCCUGAUUAUGCCCUGCCAAUUGAUGUGAAGAUUUUCCCCUUCAAGUCUUUGCGACGUUUAGAGGUGAGUCCCAGAUGCUGGGGUGAGGAGCCUCUGGAAUAGGGGCUAGAUGGUGGCUUGACCUAUUUCUGGUGGCUGCUGUGGGGUGAGAAGCUGUGCUGUCCAUAGCAUGCACAGAAUGGUGGGUGGGACUAGAGUGGGAGUUCCAUAGUUUCUCACGGUAGCCAAGCAAUUUUAUUUUCCUGCACUUUGGACUAAAGUAAGACUUUCUAAAUCUAGAAUCAAAAUAUUUGAUUUGGAGAAAUGGCCUUUAUAGGAAUCAAGACUGAGUUUAGCCAUGCUGUUACAAGGAGGCGAGGGAAGUCUUUGGUUAAGGAAAGGAAUGCACGGGAUAAUGUCUCAAGGGGAAAAUAAUGAGGGCCUAAAAGUAUGUGUGCCCUUUUCUGUAGAAGAGCCCUUAGGCCUAUGUGACUUUUUAUGUGUUUUGCCCUCUUCUUUUCUCAUCUCCUGACUCCCGGCUUUCUCCCUUGCCUUAGCUGAAGUGUGUUCCUUUGCACUAUCUGCGGGGCCUGCGGUGUGUCUAUUCUCAGUUGGAGGCUUUAACCUGUUCCAAAUGUGUGAACUCUCUGAAGGUGAGUGAAGAUGCCUAACUUGAUUGCUUUCUACCUCAGGAGGGAAGGUGCUAGAGCUGUUUUCAAGAGAGGCUGUCACAGACUCACACUGUGCAUGCUGCUCAGUUGCAUGAAUGUGCUCCCAAAGAUUUUUAUGUCCCCUCUACCCCUGAAAACUGUAUGCUGUGUUAAAUCUCAGGUCAGGAGUGAUUUAACUAAAACUAGUACCUCAAAAUUUCCUGUGGAGUAUGCUAGCCAGGUAGAGUUGCCAACUGGCUUGCUCUUGAGCCUUUGUUUUAUGUGCAGGAAUUAGCUUGUGAAGCUGUUCACAGCUUUGGGGGGGGGGCUUACACAUCUGUUAGUUGCUGUAGCUCAAACUGCUAUUCUAGACCUUGCUCCAGGGGCUAGUUCAUAAGAUGGUAGGCAAGAUGCAAAGACAGCUCCUUCUUCCUUGUCAACUUGUGUUUUAUCCUGCAGGAGAUCAUCUCUGCAUGUGGAGGGGACCUCAGUUCUGCCCUUCCAUGGCUGGAACUACAGACUGUCAACUUCAGCUAUAACUCCAUUGUAGCCUUGGAUGAUUCACUGGUAUGCUGGAGAACUGAGAAUUGGGGGAGAUGUAGUAGGUGAUGAGAAUGGCAUUUUACUUAAUGGAAUACUGAGACAGAGGGUAAUUGUACAAUUGUUUUCUGGCAGCUUGGGUUUCUCAUUCUGACAGUCCUCUUGUUAGUGUUAGUCCUUCUGAGUAGGUCAGGUAGGACUUGGGCUUUUGGAUGGCUGUGCCAUAACUGGCCACCUAGUCUUGAGGCUGCUUGCUCUAUGGGGUUGACUCAGUUGCCAUCACUAACCUCUUAUCGCUUCUUUCUUGUUUCUGAUAAGCAAUUGUUGAAUGCCCUGAAAGCUCUGGAUCUCAGUCAUAAUCUCAUCCAGGACUGUGAGCGCUACCUGACAGUAAGUAUCUGGCAGAGGGCUCAAAACCACUCUUUUGAAAUCCAUUAUGAGCAGUUAGCAACUACAUGCUUUCUUCUUCCUUCAUUGCUGGGUUGACUCUUUUCAAGCCUUGGUAACAUAUAUUGGAGAACUGUGGAUGUGGUAGAAAGGAGAAGGGGGAUUUCCUACUUUGUGUUUAACAAAACCACAUACUUGAGUAGCAUACCCCCCCCUUGAAGUCAAACAUUCUUGUGAGCCUGAGAGGAGACUUCACCUUCCAGUGUAUUGUAUAGUUAAAUGUGAGGCUGCUUUAUUUAUACUAUAUAAUUCUUCUUACAGUAGGAAUCUUGGACCCUGUGCACUCAUUCCACCACCCCCUGGCUUUUUUCUUUUUCUUUUUUCAUACUAUUAGUCUUUCAGGGGCUGUUUAUGUGGCAGAGCCUUCCCCUCUGCCAGCGAUGGAAUAGAUGCCUUCUAGUUCCCAAGUGUUCUUUUCAUGAUUGAUUUUGUUUCUGCGUGAAGUCUGGAUCCUGCCUUCCUACUAGAAACUGAAGGCGGCUUCAGCAUAAAAAUGCAAAUGGUAUACAAACUAAAUUAGCAAUUAACAGCAAGUGCUUCUCAAAUGGGUAGCUGUGUCUGUGUUGGGAGAACUGCCAGUCCUCCUUGGGUGCUGGCUUCCUCCUCCUACUGUGAUGCUGCUGCCUCUCCUGCCCCCCAAGUGCCACAUGUGGCUGUCUGAGCAAGAGCAGAGUUGAGAUCAUGUGCAGCCAUGGCAGAUUUCCUGAACAGUUUUGAGCGAAAGAAGCCCUCUGCCAAGAACUCUCUAAUCUUUGUGCUGUCAUGAGCCUGAGUGUGUUAGGUUCUGCUCUUUUGAUCUGCCAUGUGUACCUUACGUUAACAAUAUGUUCUCGGGGCUGGGGGUUCACUUUGAAGGUUGUUCAGUGUAGCAGGGAGGAUGUGAACAUGGAUGAGCAAUGUGGAGAACUGCCUUGUUUUCUUUACAGGUGCUGACAGAGCUGGAAUAUUUAAAUGUGGCUUAUAACCUCUUGCCCAAGAUGCCUGAACUUGGGCUACACAGCCAGGCUAAACUGGUGACCUUGAUCCUGCGGUACAACCAGCUUGAUAGCAUUAAUGGUAAGACUGUUGUAGAGCUGCUGAUAUGAGGGGUAGCCUGGAAACUAGGUCAUGCCACAUUGUACCAGACUGAAGAAAAGAGGCCCACAGGGUAGCACAGUAUUGGGGAGAAGGGUUCUCUUCCGACAUUACUCUACUUCCUUUUCCAUAGGUGUGGAAAAGCUCCCCAGCCUUCAGCAUUUGGACAUUGCCUAUAACCUGCUGCUGGAACACACUGCGUUGGCACCGCUGUCAUCGCUGCACAACCUGAGAAGAGUGAGCAAUCAACCUGAUUGGUUAUUUAUUGCAUUUAUACCCUAACUUUCCACCAAGGAACUCAAGGCAAUGCAGUGUUUCUCCCCUUCCCCAUUUCAUCCUCAGAGCCUUGUGAGGUAGGCUAGGCUGACUGUGGGUGACUGGCCCAAAGUCAGUCAGUGAGCUUCAUGGCUGAGGGGGGAUUUGGAUCCUGGUGUCUCAGGCCUCCCCCAACACUAUAACCACUGCACUUCACUGGUUCUGAUUGGUGGUCAGUUUAUUAGUGUCUGUUUAGUGGUUUGGGCAUUUGAGUAAGACAACAUUAUAGGACUGUAUUUUGUUUGAGGAAGGAGGCCUUGUUAUUUAAGGAUAGUAGACAGUAGAUGCCUUUGACACUCCUAACAUAUAGCUCUCCAACUUACAAUGGAUUCCCUGUCUUGUAGGGAGGGAAUUGUUCUGAAUACCCGUGUGGUAUAAUGGUUAGGGUACAGGACUAAGAAAACUUAAGUACAAAUUCUAGUAAACUCUUUGGGCUAAGCAAUCUCAGGCCAGUUCCCAUCUCUUGGCUUCACCUACCUCCAUAGGGUUGUUUUAUGAGAUAAAAGAGGCUAAGGAACUCCUUGAAGGAAGCUGGAAAGUAGAAUUCAAAUUUUCCUAGCAAGAGUGCAGGGGAAAGGCAGUGAGGUACAUGGGUAUAGCCUGGGGGCAGCUGCCCAAUCAAGUAAAUCAAUAAUAAAUACUUAACUAACUGAGGUUCUGCCCCCAUAAGUCCUGGCUACAUCCAUGGUGAGGUAGACAAAGUUCUGGCAGUUAGUAGUAUUGUUUUGUUAAAUGAAACAUAACUGUUCUUUUUCUCCCCACCCCACCCCCCACAGCUGCACCUGGAGGGGAAUCCUUUAGGGUUCCAUCAGAACCACCGGCCUGCUACCAUAAGUCACUUGUCUCCUAGAGCUAUCUCCAGCAAUGUGAGUAUAUGUGGUCAUCCCAACUCAGAUGCAAAUAUGGCAUAGCAUGGUAGGCACUUUCCUGCGGUCCACUCUAUUUAAAUACUUUUGUGUGGGAAGCAAACCCUGUGUGUGUUUACACACUAGUAAGUAAACUGUGUACCAAAAAAGGUUGCUCCCCACUUUUUGCCAAAAUGUUCUUCUCCAUUUGUGAACUGAAGUUGCGGUCUGUAGCUCCAGAAAUCCUUGUUGGCUACUCUGGCUACUCAGUCCCAUAUAAAAGGAUGCAGGACUUGCAUUUCCACCACAGGGAGGCAGCAUAAGAGGUGUCAAUCACUUGGGCCUGUUGUACAAAGAGAAGCCAUCUCCUGCUCUCCAACUAGGGGUAAUGUUGAUUUAGCCAUUUGCUGAGCCCAGAAGCUCAGUUUCCUGUUCCUGACUUCACACGCUCUUUUGGUAAAGAUACCUGGAAUGAGCCUGAGAAUUCCAUGUUCAUCUGCAGCAAACAUGGCAAAUUUUUUAGCUGGGGCAGUUAGAAUAAGAUCUACCAUCUGACUAACCUGUUUAAUGCCUGGUAAAGAAAGCCCAUUCAUUCAUAUGUUUUAUUUGUGUUCAAGGACAGUUUUUAACUCUUUCCUUUGUUUAAUUGUAAUUCUUAGAAGGUAUUUUGUAUAGCCAACCAUCUAGCUAUAUCUGUAUUUUAUGUGGCUCCUUUGCUAUGGCAUGGGGCUUUUCUGAUUUCUUGGUUAUGUGAGUGACUAGGAAAUGGGGUUAUUGGUCUCUUAACUGUCAUGUUUUGUUCUAAUACCAGUUCCUUCUUGAUGAAGAGCCGUUGUCUGCUUUUGACCUGAGGGUGAGUAGGGUAUACAAGUAUUACUUUUCUAGGUGUUGUGGUGGAAAGAGGGGGUGGGGUGCAGAACUUCUUGCUGCUGGAAACUGUCUCAUCCUCUGUGUGAUCUAGAAUAUCUUGAUCCUUCAGAAUAAUGGGAAGCCAAUAAUGGUAUUGUUGGCUCAGAUGCUAUUGCUUAUCCAGAAGCCUCUCUCCUGAAGGAUGUAUCGUCAUGUAACACUACUAAAACAGCACAGGCUAGCCACUUCUCAAAGAGGAGGGUAGAGGGUGAAAGAAGAGAGAAGUCUUCAAACCUGCCAUUCUUACUUCUCUUGGGUUCAUUCUGUCUCUUUCAGCACCUCUCAAAGCUGGAUCAGGCUGCUGUCCAAUCACUCUGCACCUCAGUCUCAGAGAGGGCCCCGACAGACCGCAGUGCCCUGGAAAGUUCAUGUGCUGCAGACCAAAGUGACAGCCAGUCCCCUGCAGAGAGCAGACCACCCCUAUUACCCCCUCGGAAGAGAAAUAAGGUGUUCUUGCUGCUUGGAGUGUUCAGGAAUUGUGGGAGGAGAGGAGAGAGGAGUCUGUUCAUCUACUGGUGGUUUGUGUACCAUGUGAUCACUCACAUUAACUUGUUCAGGAGGAGUUGCAGGAACAUAAACAAUAGCAAUGCUUUGGAUGUGGUUUACCAUUAUGAGAAUGAGGCUAGCCUCCCUAGGGUUUGAAUGCCCUCCCACUCCUCUUCCAGUGCAGCCACACAAAGAUAGUAAGCUUCUGCUUCCAUUCUUAGAUUAACUGCAGUUCAGUGUGUCAUUAAUUCCCUAAACUAUGGAUAACCUUAACUAUGACUAUUGAAAACAAGCCAGCUUCAUUAACCAUGGUUUGUGGUUGGCUUGUUUCCACUGGCUAUAGUUUAGAUUAAACAUGGAUUGUCCAGGUUUAGAUGACGCAGCAUUACUGAUCCAAAAUGGAACUCAUGACCAUGCCAGAGGAGGAGGUAGUGCAGCAGCUUUUUGCAGGGGGAGGCUAGGUUCAUCCUUGUAACAAUAAACUAUUUUAGCACAGGGAUGAGGGAACCUGUAGCCCUAUACAUGCUGUUGGACUCCUACGGCUAUCAUCACGGACCAUUGGCCAUGCAGACAGGGGCUGAUUCCAACAUUUGGAGAACUGCAGGCUCCCCAUCCUUCAGCCUCGUCUGAACCAGUCCAGUAUGGAAGAAGAUCUCAAAUACCCAUCUACAGUGCUCCUCAAACUUCGGUUUCCAUCUGUUGUUAGACUACAACGCCCAUCAUCCCAAGCUAGCAGGACCAGUGGUCAGAGAUGAUGGGAGUUGUAGUCCAACAAUAGCUGAAGACUCAAGUUUGAGAAACACUGAUCUAGUAACUUUGUGCAGCAUCCCAAGCUCUCUUUUUUGGUGUUGUUUGAAAGGUGGUGGAAAUGGGGGAAUAGUUGCCAAGAAAACACUUUAAGGUUUUCAGCAAAAACACAUUUAAUUAGACACUUCUAAAAAAGCCUUCUUUCCAAAGGCGUGAAGCAAUUAAUGAUAAUAUUAAGGUAUUGUAAUGCUACCAUUAAGGAAUGUGAGAGAGCCAUUUCCAGCCUAAACCUAACAGCUUGUCUCUCCUUCAGGGGCAAGUGAAAGUGCGCAGGGCCAGCAUUUCAGAGCCCAGCGAUACUGAACAUGAGUACAGAAGCCUGCCCGUCUCGGCAGGUGAGGCACACGGCAACGGGGCUAUGACCAGGGGCUGGGUGCGUGCAAGACACCGUUGCAAACUUGGGAGGCUGUCUGUCAUCCCACAGGUAUAGUUCGGCAGCACCAGGCAGAGAUGGACCGCAUGGACAGUUUCCGGGAUCGCUUUGGUACCCGCUGGCUCCAGUACAGGCGACACCUGGAAGCAGAUGGACAGGCAGCAACCAUCACCCCUUCUGGCAGCCCCACAGUAGAAUAUCUGGGCAGCUCAGGCAAGGCUUCCCAACAAAGCAAGAACACCGUGGAGGAACAAAAAGUUCCUGAGGCCACAGAGGAAAAGGAACCGGAGCUGCCUAUGCCUGAAAUCCUGGCAGAAGGCCCCCAGGCAGUAGUGGAAACUGAGAAGAUGCCAGUUAAAGAAGAUAAACGCCAGGAGGAAAAACCAGAAGGUAAAUGCUUCUGCUCUUAGCUCACUGUCCACUUCCAUAGGAAGGUGAGAGGCAGUGGGCAUUUGGGCUGGCAUACGGUUAGUGCUGAAAUCUCAAAAGAUGCCACCACGGUGAAAGACAUCUAUAGUACCCUAUUUUUCGCUCUAUAGGACGCACUUUUCCCCCUUCAAAAAUGAAGGGGAAAUGUGUGUGCGUCCUAUGGAGCGAAGACGCCAUAGCCCCGUGACCCUCUCCCGGCUGGAGAGGUGAUGCGCGGCUAUGGCAGGAGCCUCUUUAGCCACGCGCCACCUCUCCAGCUGGGAGAGCGCGUGCGGGGCUAAAGAAGCCAUAGCCCCACAACCCUCUCCCAACUGGAGAGGUGACGCGCGACUAUGGCAGCAGCCUCUCCCCUGCGCCUUUCCGCUGCUCCCCGCCCUGCUCUUUGGGGCUGGUGGUGGGCUUCCCCGCCAGCCCCAAAGAGCAGGUCGAGAGAACCUGAAGCCUGGAGAGCGAGAGGGUCGGUGCGCACCGACCCUCUCACUCUCCAGGCUUCCAAAGUAGCCGCCCCGAACGCACCUUAAACGGCACCUUGUUUUAGAGCGGGAAAACAAGAGGGGGAAAAUUCUCCCCCUCUCUGUGCAGCGCCUCCUGCCGCUUCGCUGAAGGGGCGCUGGGCAGAGAGGGGGAGAUUUUUUUUUCCUUGUUCUCCCUCCUCUAAAACAAGGUGCGUCCUAUUGUCCGGUGCAUCCUAUGGUGCAAAAAAUACGGUAUUUAUAUUUUCUUUUUUCCCUCCUGUCUGACUUCUGUCAUGUCUUAUACCCUUUGCCUGUGUCUUUGCCUGCAUUCUAUCCCUGGCUAAAGCAUUUUGUUCUGCAAGGCCUUAAGCUGCGAAUCUGCCCACAUGUAGUCCUUUUCCUGUUGGAACGGGGGACUCAGUGAACCCUCCAGUACAGGGAAGGAGAAUCGGAGCUGGCCAAAUUGGGCCCCCACUGUCUGUGGGCCAAAUUGGAUAGGUAGGAGGAGCCAUUCACCUGUCCAUUGCCUUCAAGCCCCUUUUGUGUGUUUACCUGCCCCAUAUCUGACAUAAUAUAGGACAGUGGCUUCGAUAAAACUGCCUUAUGGGGAGACCUGCUGGGCCUAAUUAGGCCUAUGGAACGGAAGUUGGCUGCCCCUAUUCUAGAACCUGUUCAUAUGCAGCUUACUGAAUGGCCUUGGACUCUGCAUAGGUGUGAGUAGAGCACAGUGUCUGAUAAUGUUUCAUGCAGAGUCCAUUCACCCAUCCAUCAAUCAAUCAAUCAAUCAAUCAAUCAGUCAAUCAAUAAAAAAUCAAGUCUGUCUCAAUGUGCAGAGGCCCUGCCUGGGCCCCCUUAAUCAAUACUAAAUUUGCUCAGUCCUAGCUUCUGUUACAUCCCUAAUCUGUGGUGGCAGAAUUCGUAAUGUUGCCAAAAAACCUAACAUUAAAAACCAAUUGAAUGACCAGAAAACAUGCAAGUUCGUCUUGCCUUAAAAUCUGGGUAUUGUGAUACCAUAUUUGUGGUGUGGAUACACGUUGACAAGUACACUUCAUUCAUAUCAACAGUGGGGAACGUGUGACCUUGCAGAUGCUGUUGGCCUCCAACUCCCAUCAGCCCUGGCUGUUGACCAUGCUGGCUGGGGCUGAUGGGUGCUGGAGGCCAACAAUAUCUGGAGGGCCACAGGUUUCCCCACCCCCAAUUUAAGUAAAGGAUUCUUCUUCCUAGAAAGUGCAAAAAGGUAAUGCCAUUCUAAGCUAGCAAGCCCUUGGCAUGUUACUGAUGGAAAAAGGAGAUCCCAAAUUGCUUGGGCUUGACCUUUAUUUACCUUCUGGGUAACUUUUAUGGAGCAAACCCUUUCUUUCUCUUUGAAGCUGAAUCUCCCCACUCACCCACCCCGCUGUCAAGAAAUAACACCUUGAAUUGGGGUGUUGAAAGCUAUUUGAUUGUUAAUAGCUAACAAUUUGCAACUCUGUGUUUACUUUCUACCACUGAAUACCAACCAGAUGCCAUAUCUGUGAUCUUUCAUAAGGGGAAUACUUCCUGUUCAGUGUUGACAAAUCUCAUCAUACCAUACAGAAAUUGGGAAUCCUGGCUCCCUCUGUGCCUGACAGUAAGGCACAUAGCAUUCCUUUUUCAAAAGGCGUUCAGAAUGACAUUAAGUCCUCCUGGACUGAGAGGUAUCAUUGGCUGAGAAUGAUGGGCAUGUGAAAGCCCACGGAGCCAGGAUUUCAAGCUAGGUAUAUGAUGUCCCAGUUCCAGCCCUAGGGCAGACUGCAUUAUGUGACAAGAUUCUUCCAAGAAAAUUACUUUGCUUGCAUCAUGCGGUGCCCUUAAUUUCAUACCUGCUUUAGUUAAAGCAUUGCCAUAACUUGUCUCUUGCUUUCAGUGGGCUUUGCAACCCUGCAGUUUCCAUAGGCAGUCUUUGAAUAUGUGGGGAUUUGCAGACUUUGAUUGUUGCUGGGACUCUGGAUGCUGAAAGAGGUAGGGACUAAUGUUCUCAUUUAUCUUGGCAGUGGAGCUCUAUCAGCCUCUGCUGGUAAGCCAGAUAGAAGAAGAUUGUGACCCAGAACCAGACUGGAUCUUUUUGCGGAUCACUUCCCGACACAUAAUGGAGGUGGAGCUGAGAAAAGGCAAGGUUUUGCGCAAGCUGGAGCUGAAAAGCCUUCGGAAAAUAGAAACCUCAGAGAUGCAGUGGAGAAGGAUGGUGAGUUCCAGUUGCUUUGGUGGGGGACAGGGUUUCCAGUAAACUAACCACCAUGAACUCCAGUAUAGCAUUGUCUAAUGAUUGUGUGCGAGUAUUGGCUGGCUCUUUCCAAUGAGCUUUCCUUCAGGCAGUGCACAGGUAUAUUAGAUUAUUUCGGGUGUGACAUACCGUGUAGAUCAGGCUGGGCAGAUCUACCAAGCAAGUGAGAAUUCUUGUCAAUAGGAAACUUAGUACAGUACAUUAUUUUCUUUUCCUGAAACAGAGUUGCUUACUCUAGUCCAUACUUUCUGCUUCAAAUCCACUUCUUUUUUCCACUACUACUGCUACUAUAAAGCACAUGAUCACAUUACAGCUGAGUGAGUGGUAGCUGGCGCUGGCACCAUUUUGCACAGUUUCUGCAUUUAUGGCUGCAGGAAUUUGAAAGCCCCAGACAAAACCAGUCCUUCCUCUCACUUGCUGCUGGCCUUGGGUUCAGCUUUCUUCUUAUUUCCCAACAACUUAUUUCCCAACAACGACAGUGUCAGCCUUGUUUUUAAGCAUCUAAGGUUUUGUGGUAGCUUGAGCCUGCUUGGUUGCCUUCAGAUGAUACAGAAAUCGGAGCACCAGUACCUGUUAGUGCAUGUAGAGAGGGCACCUCAACAGUACAUGGAGGAGAAUGUUCUCUUUUGCCCAAUAUUUAGCUAAUCUCACUGAGAGGAGAAAACCACCCUAUUCACAGCAGCAUUGCACUGGGAUAUAAAUAUCCAGGAGAGCCUUGUGGUAGGCUCUAUCCAUGACUCCCACCCCACUGUGUAUUUGGGGUCUGCUCUGUCAGUUUCUUCAAAGGAGGCAUUCUGGGGUAUAGUGGGUUCCCUAUAUUCACUUCACUACAGCUGUUUUACAUUCCAUGAUUGGUUUCAGCCAUGCAAGCAUAGUCUGACAUUGGUUGCAGAAUUCAGCGUCUUGAUAAACCAUCUGGAUCAAACAAGUUGCUAGUCAUUGUAGGUGUGAAGAUGAGCUUGGAAAUAUGUGGGUGAUGUUUGCUGAAAUCUCAGAACAUAAGAACAGCCUGCUGGAUCAGGCCCAUGGCCCAUGUAGUCCAGCGUCCUGUUCUCACAGUGACCAACCAGAGGCCUGUGGGAAACUAGUGAGCAGAACAGGAGCAUAAGAACUCUCUCCUCUCCUGUGGUUUCCAGCAACUGGUAUUUGGAAGCAUUUCUGCCUCCCAACUGUGGAGGUACAUCAUAGUCAUGGCUAGUAGCAGCAGGUGAGCAGUUCAGUGUCCUCUGUAGCUCUUCCUUGUCUCUCUCCCCCCACCACCCAAUAGCUAACAGAACGGGGGGAUGCAAAUUAUUGGGUUACCUUGCCAGAGAGGUUUUCGAGGAACUCCUAUUGCAGAGACACACAACCUGUGCUAGGAUCAGCAAGUGGCUGCAGUUGCCGGUUGGUCCAAGUUAAAGGGGCUGGGCAAAGCGGUCUCCAUUGCAGUGUGCCUGUGAAGAGAGUGCGAGCAGGGCAGGUUUCUUUUCAUUGGGGAAGCUUGUUCCGACCAGAAACCUAUCUCUUCCUGGCAGGACCUGGAGCGGGUGUUUCCUGUUCUCACACUGCACUUCAGCUACAUCCGCAAGGACCGACGGAAGCGCCGAUACGUAGUGUUGGAUGACCACCCUGAGCGGUGUGUGCAGGUAGGUGAGGAGGUGCUUGGUACACAGCUCAGAUUGGAGUGGAAGGGGAGGGUGCCCCUGCCGAACCUUAGCUUCCCAAAUUUAGAGGGGGGUGUUGUCUCUGAGGUGGGGCCAGCUUGACUCUUAAGGACACGAGAGCAGCCCUGUCUGAACAGGUCAAUGGUCCCAUCUAGUCUACCAUUCUGUUUCCCUCAGUCGCCACCAGAUGAGUGUGGGAAACCCAAAUGCAGGGUAUGGAAGUUGAUGAUCAUUUCCUGCUCCCCAGGUACUGGCAUUCCGUGACAUACGGCUUCCAAACCUUGAGUUUCAAAAUGCCAAGAUUAAUAUGCACUUGAGUUGGACAAAUUCAGGGACGAAAGGUCUAAUCCCCUUUUAAAGUCAUCUGAGCCACCGCAUCUUGUGGCAACAAAUUCUAUAAAUUUUGUAUUUCACCUUAUCUGUCCUAAAUCAGCUGCUAGUCAGCUUGGAGAGAUGUGCAGUGCUUCCUCCGGUGUUUUUGGCCUCCCACCCUCUCUGCCCAAGGCUAAGAAAGGUGCUAGUUGUGAUAUUCACUCUGGUGUAAAGGGAGGCAGUGGUAUCUCAGCUGCCCUCGCAUUCAUCUGCAGCUGCCCACUUCUUGCUUUUCUUUUUAAAGGACUUGCUCCAGGUGCUGGGACCCACCCUGGAGGAAAACCAGAAGAAGGCCGAGGGAAGUUCAAAGCUCCAGUGUCUAAAAUGCAAACAGGAAUUUGUUGGAUUCUUGUCACUUGGACGGCAGAAUCCAGGCUCCACUAUAGACGCUUCAGCUUUCUCUGAACAAGGUAUGGGAUGAACAGGGUAUAUCCCUAUUUGCAAAAUGGGGGUCAUACCUACUGGGUUGUGCUGAAGCCCUUUAAGUUCAAAGCACUCAUUGGAAUGUGAAAACACUGUGGUUGACCACUUACAAUCUCAUUUGUUCUCCCUUGAAGAAGAGAGAUCUAAAAUGAAUUAGUAGGCUGAGCUCUCUUUGGGACUUAGUCGUGAACCUGUGUCUAGGGGAUUUGGAGCCUUUGAAUGAGUAAAUUGGCUACUGCAGCUACUUUGCCUUCUUCCUAGAUGUGUUUAGUCCUCUGCUACAUCUGCAUGUUUCUAUGGUAAGACUUUUGCUGCCCAGCUGUUAAAUUUCUCUAUAAUGCUAUGAAUUAUAUUGAUUUUUUUUUCCUAGUUAGCUUUCCAUCUUUGUGAGAGUGCUGUGUUAUUUAACCAUAAGUCAUUGUCUUAGCUAUUUGGAUGAAUUCCUUUGGGGUGGGGGAAUGCAUUGACAAAGUAUUCAACUUUUGCUUUUCUUAAUUUUUUCAAGGUUGAUUAUGAGAGAUGAAUACAGUGCUUUGCAGCAUAAUUAGCCAGUGAGACCAGAGCAUCAAGGGAUGCACAUGGAAACUCCCUUAAGGAGAAGGCAGGGCGGCAAGGGACUAACAUGUUAGACUUUGGGUCCCUGAGAGUAGAGCCUGGUGCUUGAUUAGUUUGCAACUAGGACUGCGGCUGCCAGACCAGGUUCUGCUAUGUUCCUCUUCUUCCUCUUCAGGUGCCACUGCUCUCAGUGAGCCCACCAUCUGCCCCAGCUGCUCCAGCGACCAUGUGGUCAUCUUGCCCUGCGAGGGGCGUUCCAGCACUCCAUUGCUUCCUGGGGAAAGCCAGCAGGAGGCAGAGUCGGGAAAGUUCUACACUGGCGAAGAGACUACCUCUGAAACGGGAACCGGCUCCAGUCCCCGGAUCCAAGAGCUGAGCAGUGACCAAGGCAGCGCUGCCCAUUCCAGCUCCCGCAGUUCGGAAGGGGCGGACGGCAGUGGCAGCAAGAGUGGCUUGAGCUCCAGGGGCCGCUACUCCUUCCUCAGCCAAACGGAUACCAAUGGCGGGGGCCUGUUGGGGAGCUAUCAGUAUGGCCCUUCCCGUGGGCCCACCCCUCCACAGCUCUCCCUGAGCAUGGAGCAGGAGGAACACUGGAAUCUGAGUCCCCGUGAGUGCUGGCAACCUGGUAGGGGUGGGUCUGCAAAGUCAAGGGGAGCACUGAAUUCUGCACAGUUAGAGGGGGUAGAGGUAUACUAAAAGAAAUGCCAUCCUCUGCCCCAAGACUCAGUAUUAACCUUAGUUAAUAUCUUUGAAACUGCCUUAACUCCUGCCACUGCCCAGGCUGGUAUUCCUAUAAAUAGAAUUGUUGUUUUUUUCCUGCAGAAGUGAAGCAGGAGCUCCAUCUGCUGAUUGUUAAGAGGACUAUGUGGCUAUUUAUUUGAAUUGUUUCGUUUUCAGCUGCAAUUUUGAAUGCAGCCAAGAGGAGGUGACUUGCUAAUGUCUGUGUAAAUGUCUGCUGAAGGUUUGGUGGUGGCUGCAUUUGGAUUGGUAGUGCCAAAGUAAGGUGACAGCAGGCAGAUUGCUUUAAUUCAGGCUGGGGAUGGAGCUCUUUGGGGGGGGGGUGUUGCCAACAACCUCCAUUGUUGCCAGCUUACUCCCAUCUCUGUGUAGGAGCAUCUGUGAUCCUGAAGUUACCUAUCAUAGAGUUGGAAGGGGUCCCUAGGUCAUCUAGUCCAACCCUCUGCAAUGCAGGAAUCUCAACUAAAGCAUCCUUGAUAGAGGGCUAUCCAACCUCUGCUUAUAAACCUCCAAGGAAGGAGAGUCGACCACCUCUCAUAGCAGUCUGUUCCACUGUUCGUCCUGAUGUUUAGUUAGAAUCUCCUUUCUUGUAACUUGAAUCCAUCGCCUCCAGUGCUGGAGAAAACAAGCUUGCUCCAUCUUCCAUGUGACAGCCCGUUCGAUAUUUGGAUAUCAUAUCUCAGUAUGGCCAAUGGUCAGAGGUUGUGCUCCCAACAGCACAGGUUUCCCACCCUGGUUCUAAUCUGUGCCUUUUCCCUACUUCAAUUGUAGAAGAGCCAUGAGAGGCUUUCUAUUAGAGCUGGGUUUCAUAGACCAUAAUAUUAUCUGGGUGAGUGGACAUGUAUUCUGGGAAAGCUACAUGGCAUAGAAGGGGAAUUCUGCAUAGAUCUGGUAUUGGGAAGCCCAUUAGCAACUUUCAGAAUGUGGUCCACAUUUCCAUUGAUCUAUCUAGCUUGGAACCUAGUCAGAUGAUAAGCAUACUCUAGCAGAGGGAGGCUUGCCUUCAAAAGAGAUGGGCCUAACAAUCUCUAUUUUGAUGGAUUCUAAACUCUGUGACCAAUUCAGGUAUGACCUUGUAACUGAAAUAAACCCAGUCUGGAUGCAGUAAUAGCUCUAGUUUGAUAUGGGCACCAAUGACUACCAGGUUGCAAAGUUAAAAUACUGCCGUUGACUGCUCAACCCCACUUUUUUUUUUCUUUUUAAAAACUCUGUUUCCCCCUCAGCCACCCACAGUACUAUGGACAUGCAGGACUUCUCCUCUGUGGAUCAUCGGCUCAAGCUUUAUUUGGACAUGGAGGUCUUUGACAGGGCAGAGGAGUUCAAGUGCUUUCUGAAGGUAAGAAAGGCAACUCUCCACAAUACUGACCACUUAAGGUGGGUGGGAACACAUCUGGAUUUAACUUAGGCAUUGACAGUCAUGUAGGUUGGUGUUUUUUACUGAGGCUCAUAAGACUCUGCCUUCUGGCAUGUUUGUUCUAGGUGGCUGUUGUGAAGAAUGGCAGACCUGGGGAAUUCUUGGCCCUCCUGGUGGCUUCAGACACCCAGUUCCACGUGCUGGAGAUUACAGGACGGAUUAGGUGAGAAGGGCUAUUCUUGGAGCAGUUCUCAUUUGUGUUCUGUUUCCUGUCUUGACAUCCACUUGAUAUGGCUAGAGCAAAGAGAGCCUUCAGAAUAAAGAAAUACCUCUAUUAAAAUCAUAUAAUGCCUUCAACCCAUGUUACCCGGCAUUGUCUACUACCCUAACUAGUAAAUGGGUGUUUGAGGUCCCAGGCAGAGGACUUCCCCCAUCACCUGCUUCCUGAAAACCUUUAGCCAGAGAUUCCUGGGAUUUAACCUGGGAUAUUCGUUCACACAAAACACGUGCUCCUCUCCUGAGCUCUGUGCUCCUGACUGAGAAAACUCUUAUCCCUUCUUGGUGUUAGUCUCUGCCAAAAAAACAACCCUCCUUGAGCUUGCUGGGUAAGGUGGGCCCUACCUUGCAUUGACUUGACACAUUUGGUUCUUCUGCACCAGGGGACAGCCGUCUGCUUGGCUGAAGAAGGGGGACAGUCACUGCCUGUCUGACCUGUCUUGCCUGGAGGUGGGGCUGUGCCAUCAAAGCUUGCAUAUGGAGUUUGCGAAUCCCUGCGCCUCCUAUAACCUGCUGCUUCGCAACCAGAGUCACUGCAGAAGAUUUCUCCAGUGCCUGACAUGUAAGAGGGUGUAUGGGGCUGUAUGUGCAUUUGUACAAGCUUCCCUGAUCUUGUCUCUGUGCUGACAGGGAAGAAAAGUAACCAGAAUAAUGGUGGCUUGUGUGACAAUCCCAAACAAGUGCUGUGGUCAGUGCAGUUCCGCUAAGCCUGUUGACUAGAGGCUAAUGCAGUGUGGUACAAUAGAAUUCCUCUUAUUUUUGGUUUGGCUUAACUGCCUUGUAGCCUUUGCUCAGAUGGUCUUAGAGAGCCAACUCUAGCUACUCAACUCCUCCCUGCUUGCUGCUGUGUGAGCUAUGGUUUCCCACCCACCCAUCCAAGCCCUAUGUGAAGGAGGGCUCUCUUCACUGACGCAGCAAAAUUUAGUCUUGAGAAUUGGCCCUUGCUGGCUUAGACCUUUCCCCUGGAAAUUUACCUUGAAACCGCCCAACUAUCACAAUUGCAUCAUAACUUCCCUCAAUAUCCUCUCCAGAUCUCAAAGAUGAAUUGCCGGCCAAAAUCAGGAGGAAAAUCCCAGACGUUACUGUGGAGGAAAUGAAUCCGCAGCAUCCAUUGUGGUAAGAUGCCCAUUGCCAUUGUACAGUGUAAAUGAGGUUUUAGCCUACAGGUGGUGCUGUCGUGACAAGGACACAAAGCGGGAAGUAAGUUAUGCAGGCGAGGAAUAGUGGUUGGCUAGGAUAGGAGCAACAAUAGAAAGUGAAUUUGGUGGAGGACUUGCCUCAGUCAUGUUGCGUCUGUAUUGUAGGCCAUUGAUUGAAAAGGACCUAGCAAAAGAAGCUGCACGUGGCUUGGCCAGACCCUUCUUCUACCUGUUGGCAUACCUCAUUCAAGGUAUGGAUGUGCUGUUCCUGGAGUCAUUUUCAGCCUCAACAAGACCCUUGUGUGGCUUGAUAUAACUCUGUUGCAUAAGCCGACUGUCCAACCUCUUUUCCCCCAGGGGCUUCUGCCUUUCCUGUGACUGUGCUCAGCACCCAGAAAAAUAUUUUCCUGGUGGAAGAAGAUCACCAGUGGCAAAACAUCCCACCCUCUGCUGCCUCAGACACUGGCACUGAGAAGCAGGCAAAGAAGUGCUCCCGGCUGAAAGGGAGUGAACCAAUCAGCAGCAUCUGUGGUGUUAUACUUUACCGUUUCUCCCCUUGUGACAUGAAGCUGCAACUUUACGAUGAGGUAUAAGUCACAGUAUGAGCACUUUUUUCCGGGAUACUAAAAUGCUUGUAUGGAAGGGGGUAAAUGCUUCCUUGGGAAAGGUUAGCAUUAUUGCAGGACUGCUCUCUUGCUCGUAGCUAAAUCUACUGGUUCCUUGCAAAAGCAGGUGACCAUCUCUGGUCUGAGUAAGGAAGGGCAGUUCUGCUUGGUCAGGAGGUAUAAUUCAGACCUAGCAAUACUUAGUACUGCAAGCUGAAUUCAGUCCAGGGGCUUACUGCUGGGUAUGCCCAUUCCCUGAUCAUCUGAACUGCGCCUUCUUCCUCUCCAGGUCCUGAAGGUGGAGAGCACUUGGCAUUUGCGAACAGAAUGUCCAGACUUGCUGGCUGAUCUGGUAGAAUGGCUGCGUGUGCCCUGGGAAGAAAUGUUCUCCAUUGCUCUCCAGAAGACUGUUCUUGAGGUGUUGGACUGA